GAAUUCCGGGCCGCUUGCAGCACGGUUAUUAACAUGAAGAGAGCAUAGACGGACACGCAUGCGCAAAUAUACAUGGAUAUGGACUCAUUGUAGAGUAUAUACCUUUUUAUGCCCUCUUCAUGCUAAUAACUGUACUGCAAGCGGCCCGGAAUUCACAUCAUUGGCCAUGAGUCCGCGUGCAUACGUUCCCCGCAAAGUAAUGAAUGGAAGCGAGAAGUCGAUUUUCUGUCUCACUAUCUUGGCAAACCCCCCACUCUCAAAAAGAGGAUGCAUUAGCAGUAUAUAUAUAUAGAGGUAGUCAGGUCCCCAUCAUUCACAGAAGAAGAAGAAGAAGAAGAUCACCGGACCUGUUGUGGAAUCAACGACACAAUCUAGUAGUAAGGUGGCGCGUAUAGAAGCCAGAAACUUGAGCAAGAUUCUAGAGACUUUUGAAACUAAAUCAGACGAGAUCCAUAUUCCAAGGUCUCCCAACCUUGGAAUCAUUCAAAUAAGAAGAAGAUAUAAUCCACUUUAAGAAGAUAUUAAUUAAACAUUACAUUAUGUAUAAAAGGGACCAGGACGGUUUUAUACAAAAAAGAAGAGGAAGCUUUUUAUCAGAAGAACUUAUAAAGGAGUUUAAGGAAAACAAUCACUCUUCGGAUAAAUCCAAGAAGCCAUCGCAUUACAAUUUUUCUAAUUUUCCUCAAGAAAUAAUAAUGAUUAUAUUAAGAAAGUUAGAUUUAAGAUCAUUAUGCCGCAUGAGUGGAGUGAAUAAACGUUUUAAUAAUUUAGCACAGAACCAUCUGCUUUAUACAAGUGUAAACUUGGAACCAUAUUAUUGGAUUAUGAACAUACAAGCAUUUCAUUAUUUAGCACCAAGAUGUAAAUAUUUACGACGGUUGAAUUUUUCAAACUGUGUUUGGAUUUCUGACCAUGUUGGAACAUUUCUUGUUUCUUAUGGUAGUCUCUUAACACACUUGAAAUUGGCUCACUUAAGUAUUGACAACAAUACCAUACUUACAAUUUCGGAAAUAUGCAAAAGUUUAAAAGAAUUACAUCUGUUUAAUUGUUACUCGAUAACUGACGUUGGAUUCUCAUAUCUCGAAAACCUGAAGUUCCUGGAGUAUUUGAAUGUUGGCAAGACACAUAUAACUACCAAAACUCUUUGUAAGAUACUGCGAAGAAAUAUACGGAUGCGUCACUUACUUAUACUGGGUACAUAUGACAAUCUUCUGAAUGCAGAUGAAGUUGUAAUAGAAUUGAGAAAUUCCUGUCCAGAUUUAGAAAGUAUAAAGCUAGGAUUUAUGAUCACUCCUAUAGCGAAUAAUUUUACAUCGAAAGGUAUUAAUGCCUUUGCUGACUGCAAAAAUCUACGAGGCGUGCAUUUGGAUUGGUGUUACACUUCUGGUGAUAGCUUCUUCAGAGUGUUUUCCUCCUGUCAACAUCUAGAAAGAGUCUUCCUGAGCUAUAUUAAAGGCUUGACUGAACGUGAUUUAAGAGCACUGACAUUGUGUAAAAAUUUAAAAGUGUUACAUUUGACGUGCAUAUCCAUGUCACCUGAGAUAUGUAGCGCAAUUUUCAUGAAUUGUCAUAAAUUGGAGACAGUUCAUUUCAACCGUUGUAAUAUUGCUGAUUAUUUGAUUGUGCAGUGGCAGCAAAAAUAUACACGUAUAACCAUUAGAGCAGAAAAAUGGCCGAGGCCAGUAGAAUCCUAUAUUAAGACUCUAAUCACAUCUUUGACUUAAGAUUCAAUCACCUGCAAAGUGUCAUGGAGGAAAGAGA